GCGCUCAUCCCUUCUUUCUUUCGCCUCAUCUCCAUCCCCCUCUCUCUCAACUCCUCCUUCUCUCUCACUACCGCUACUUCCAACAGCUGAUUUCCAGACCAAAGAGAGAAACCCGUCCGGACACGGUCCAGGUUUGGAUUCAGCUGCAGCAGGAGGAUUUAAAGAGACCGAAAAUGCCAGGAAAGCGCUGCGGUCCGCCAGCGUCCGCGAUGCAAAUUUAAGCUCCGUCGCCUCAGCCAUCAGCUCCGAGAGGAUGGCUUUCCAUGGAUCCAGUCGGCCAGCAGUAUGUGGUAACUUGUUCCCUGGAUCAGAGUUAGGCCAUAAAUACUUUUGUGUCAACACCACGACCGGCACUACCUCGACAGGACUCAGUGCGACGCCAAAUCCGACUGGACCCAUCGCUCCCGCUGGGACUCCCAGGCACCCGGCAUCUCUUGGAGGCAGUGCAGGUGGAGGGGCGGCCAUCCCACAACCUCGCAGUAACCCAGCAAGUGAGGUUCCAAGUCCAGCUGAAAUGGAGCCUGAUCGACCUAUCGGUUAUGGCGCAUUUGGCGUGGUCUGGUCUGUGACGGACCCUCGAGACGGACGUAAGGUGGCUUUGAAGAAAAUGCCAAAUGUCUUCCAGAACUUGGUCUCCUGCAAGCGCGUUUUCAGGGAACUUCGGAUGCUGUGUUUCUUCAAACAUGACAAUGUGCUGUCUGCCCUUGACAUUCUCCAGCCUCCACAAAUCGACUGCUUUGAAGAGAUAUACGUGAUCACAGAGCUCAUGCAGAGUGACCUGCAUAAAGUCAUCGUUUCUCCUCAGCCUCUCACCACAGAUCACAUUAAGGUGUUCCUCUACCAGAUACUCAGGGGGCUGAAGUACCUGCACUCUGCAGGUAUUCUGCACAGAGACAUCAAACCAGGGAACCUGCUGGUCAACAGCAACUGUCUGCUUAAGAUUUGCGACUUCGGUCUGGCACGAGUGGAGGAGCCAGACCCUUCUCGUCACAUGACCCAGGAGGUGGUGACGCAGUAUUACCGCGCCCCUGAGGUUCUGAUGGGAUGCCAGCAUUACACUUCAGCUAUAGACGUUUGGUCUGUAGGCUGCAUUUUCGCGGAGUUGCUGGGUCGUCGCAUUCUUUUCCAGGCUCAGAGCCCCAUACAACAGUUGGAUCUGAUCACUGAUCUUCUCGGAACUCCUCCUCUCUCCGCCAUGUCGUCUGCAUGUGAAGGAGCUCAAGCUCAUAUUUUAAGAGGACCCCACAAACCACCAUCACUGUCUGUUCUGUACAUGCUGUCGGAUGGGGCCACACAUGAAGCUGUUCAUCUUUUGUGUCGCAUGCUUGUGUUCGAUCCGGCUAAGCGUAUCUCAGGCAGUGACGCUCUGUCUCACCCGUACCUGGACGAGGGUCGUCUGAGGUACCACACCUGCAUGUGCAAGUGCUGUUACUCCGUGCCCAGCGGUAGGGUGUAUACCCGGGACUUUGAGCCACCUGCGGAUCGACCGUUCAGCCACAACUACGAGCAGAGCAUGCACUCCGUUUGGCAGGGCAAAGAACUCAUCCAUCGUUUUAUAACAGAGCACCAGCAAGGCAAACGAGUGCCUUUGUGCAUCAAUCCCCAGAGUGCCGCAUUCAAAACCUUCAUUAGAUCUACGGCCUGGCAUUCCUCUAAAGUAUCAAGAAAAGAAGAGAGAUGAGAGAGAAGGUGGAUUGGAAAGGAUUCUGGAAAAUGUGGAUUGCAGGAACCGGCUUGUACUGGAGCUGUUUGAAGAUGGAUCACACGCGUUUAAAUAAUUCUCAGCACUGAGAUGUCUCUCUUUUUCAGUUUCAUUUUCACAAUACUGAUUAAUAAUGCUUCUAAUGCUGCUGAGAACAUUUUUAUACUGACUUUGUGGUCGAGGAUUAUGGGAAAUUGAAUUUUCCACACAAAAAAAUCUCAUGGAUGGUAGAAUUUUGACUAAAUGCGCAAACAUUGAUUUUGUGCAAUACGGAUAUCUGGAAAAAAGGCAAAUGAUGAGACUUUGCUGACGAUGAUUUUAAUACGGCAUGUCAAAGAUGAGAUAAGAUGACGUGGGCCGCAGGCCUAUUGCAUCGCACUCUCGCGGCCAUCUUAACUCUGCCAGUGUGUAUCCGAACUGUCUGUUUAUAGACUUUAAUCACUGUGUUUCUUUUGCGGGUUCUUAGGUUUUAUUUUGAAUAUCCUGGUAACCAAAAGAUCCAAAAGUCUUCUAAUUUUAUUACUUUCUCAUACAGUUUUAGCAUUCCCUGCUUUAUUCUACUUCAGUUUAGAGUUUAUUCUGUUCUUACCUCUCCAUAUUUUUGUAGUGAAGAUUGCAUCCCCUGUGCAAAUGAUCCUUGAGCAAAUGCAUUAGUUAGAAUGCCGUAUAUGGGUGAUUGUAUCCUGAAAGAUAUUUUUCUCUUCUUCACUGUACUUGCUUUUUUAGCAUAUACCUUAUCUGUGAUACAGAGGUUUGUGUCGUUUACAAAGACUUUCUGCCCCACCCUCCUCUUAGGACCAAACAAGAUUGACACCAGUAUCCAGUUCUCUUAUUGGGUGAACUGAGAAGAUACACAAGUUUUCCGGUUGGAUCUUAUUUAUUUUCUGUUUUUAAUUUAUUGUCGUCUUGUCCGUUUUGUUCGGUGUUUGUGUUAGGCAAACCAGGUGUGUCUAAUUCACAAAGGCGUGAGCGAGACAUCUGGUCUGUGUGUAUUUUUGAAAACAUGUAUGCUUUCAGAGAAUUUAGGAAAUGUGCAGUGUUGUACUUUCAAAUAUUUCAUUACCUCAAUAGGCCCAUAGUUCAAUGGGCUGGUGUGUAUAGACUGAACCCAAUCAUUUAUCCGAAAUGUACUGUAAUAGUCGAAUGACGUCAAGUAUAUUGAGCCACUCCACUGAACUACAAUCUCUCAUUUUCUCCAUUUCUCAAUCAAUGUACGUUUUUCCUUUCUUUAGAGUGAGGGAUUGGCGGGACAGUGGCUGAUGGAUGAGUUUUAGUUGGGGAAAUGCUGCUGUUUGUUUGUUUGAUACCUCCAAAACCUCCCUGACUCAUUUGUUCAAGCAACACGUCUAGAGCUCAGGUUUCAUAUUAUAGAAUAUGGACUAGACUGUAGACACACAAGACUUCUAUCCAGGCAGAGUUAUUGUAUACAGGCAAUCACUGGUGCUCUUUGUUAUUAUUGUAGGAGGCUUAAUACUCAAAUGCCCAGUACUGUAAAUGCUUGCCUCCUACCACUAGGCGGCAACAAAGCUUAGGUCACGAUUGGACGUCUCAUGCUUGUUCCUCAUCAAUAAUGCAUGUAUGUAAAGACUUCAGUUGGAUUUGCAAUUGCGGUGCAUUAGAAGUUUUAUUUUAGAAACUUUGAAUGUGCUGUUGCUAUUAAUUUUAUUGUAGGAACAUGUUUGGUUCUUUUAGGUUUUUGCUUUCAUGUAUUGUGACCAAUUUUCGUUUUUUUUUUUUUUUCAUUUUGUUUUAAUUGUUUUAUGACCACUUUUGCUAUUGUGUUGGUAGAAAUCUAGCAGAGUAGAGACAAAACAAAGAAUAUCAAUGGGUUGGUGUAGUCAUUUUAGUCUUGCCGACUGACAAGAAGCAGAAAGUGAAAAUUUUAAGUAAAUGGUGAAUUUCUUUAGUCGUAAGAUAGAUGUUAGCCAUUUUUAAGAUGCUGAAAACUUGAUAUUCGUGUUGAUGACUAUUAUGGCUUUGAAAAUAUGAUUGAACGGUUGUUUUAAGAUGGUUGUUAUUAUUAUUAUUAUUUGUUAACUGUUUUAUUAGAUUUUCUUUUCUGUCUUUGCAUUUUAGAAGAAAAAAGUUUUUGGACUUUUGUGUUCACAACAAAUACUUGAAGUUUUUAAGAAAAAAGAAAAGUGGAUUAGGGUAAAAUGGAUAUUAAAGAAACAGACACUGGAAA